AAGAUCUCCAUUUCAAAACAAACGACUUCCGCGCAUGCUGCUGUUUUCCCAUGCGCAGACCUUGUUGCAUCGGCUAUUGUCGGCCACCCAGGAGAAGACAGAGACCACUUUCACAUCACAGCAGCAUCUGCCAGUAAACUUGAAGCCAUGGCAUCAAUCAAAGUGUCUGUGAUGGCGGGGACACUUUUCACUCUCUGCGUAAUCCUGGGAACAAGCGCGCAUGCAGCUUAUGUUUGCUGCAGAAGAUACAUGAGGGGAAUACUCCCAUUUUCAGAUAUCACUGGUUUCUCUGAGCAGAAGAACUAUGAACUGUGUUCGAUAAAUGCCAUCAUUUUCCACACAAAACAAGGAAAAAUAUGCGCCAACCCAGACCUGGAAUGGGUGAAGGACUACAUCAAACGAAUUAAAUCUAUGGUGCAAAGGUAAAGGACAACUACUGCAUUUAUUUUAUAAGUCUCCAUAAAAAGAAAAGAUAUUGAUGUUUUUUUUUCUUAAGUAAACAUAAUAAUAAAAGCAACAUCUAAUAAAGCAACACUGUAUAUAUAGCCUGUAUGA